ACGCACCACAUCUUGUCCACCCGCACAGGGUUUGACGCAAGAUAACAUUUUUGCUUAAUUACAAAAUAAGCUGUUUGACAGAGAUUUCAACCAACAAACUAACUGUAACUGUGUGCAAUAGAGAGAGAAUAAGAUUGCAAGGGGCCGUGUAGGAUACAUUGUGAAAUGGUAGCAAACAAACAAGUGUAGGAAGACUACAGGACUACAAUAGCCAUAACAUUAGUUUGUUCAUAAACAGUGUAAAAUGAACAAUUUAUGUGAUUUGUUUAGAAUAGUCUUUUUAAUUUACCAUUUUGAACUGCACUGAAGAGGCAAGAUGUUGACAGGGCGCCAGUAUAUAAACAAACACACUAAAAGCGAAACUUGAAGUAAGAGCUUGAAAAUGGAAAAGAGUGGAAGCGUCGAUAGUUUGGGUUCCAAACAAUCAUCCUCCCGGCAGCCGAGUGUUGAUUCACUAUCCAGUUCCUCUACGACGUCACGGUCUGACCGUUCCUCUCAGGCAAAGCCUCCUUCAGCUGUAUCCUCGGAUUCAGUUUCGGUAUCAGACUUGCCCUUGUCCCCCGAGCAGCUACGGGCAAACAUAAGAAACAAACCAGUCCCCAAGGUGAUCAGAGACUCACACAAAGAUGAACCACAGAUGUUGACCAAGGAGACUGUUCAAGACAUGGCCAAAGAUGUGACAUACAUUUGCCCAUUCAUUGGAGCACUUAGAGGGACCUUGACUGUCACAAACUACCGACUGUUUUUCAGAUGUAUGGAUAGGGAUGCAGCCUUAGUUUUGGAUAUACCUCUUGGCGUGUUGAGUCGUGUGGAGAAGAUUGGAGCAGCUACAAGUCGUGGAGAGGUGUCUUACGGGAUUGUCUGCAAAGAUAUCCGAAACCUGCGUUUUGUACAUAAACAGCCAGAUGAUACUCUGAAGAAAUCCAUCUUCGAGAACCUCAUGAAAUUCGCCUUCCCUGUUUCUAAUGGACAGCCUCUCUUUGCCUGUGAGUAUGACCAGGUUUUCCCUGAGAAUGGAUGGAAAGUAUAUGACGCCCUGGCUGAGUAUAAACGACAGGGACUGCCCAAUGAAAGCUGGAGGAUAUCUAAAGUAAAUGACCAUUAUGAGCUGUGUGAUACAUACCCCUCCACCCUUGUUGUUCCGGUAACCAUCCCCGAUGAGGAGCUGAAGAGGGUAGCUGCCUUUAGGGCCAAGGGCCGCAUUUCAGUGUUGUCAUGGAUACACCCGGAGAGCCAGGCGACGAUAACACGCUGUAGCCAGCCCAUGGUUGGAGCGAAUGGGAAGUGUAGCAAAGAGGAUGAGAAACUACUGCAAGCCAUAAUGGAUGCCAACGCACAGUCUCACAAACUCUUCAUAUUUGAUGCCAGGCCAAGUGUGAAUGCAGCAGCCAAUAAGAUGAAGGGUGGUGGUUUUGAGAGUGAAGAUGCAUAUCAGAAUGCCGAGCUGGUGUUUCUGGAUAUCCAAAAUCUCCACGUCAUGCGGGAAUCACUACGAAAACUGAAGGAGGUGGUAUAUCCCAACAUUGAUGAGGCCCACUGGCUUUCAAAUCUGGAGUCCACCCACUGGCUUGAGCAUAUCAAGGCUGUUCUGGCGGGAGCGCUGCGGAUUGCAGAUAAAGUGGAGUCGGGCAAGACCUCUGUGGUGGUGCACUGCAGUGAUGGCUGGGACCGCACUCCUCAGCUGACCUCCUUAGCCAUGCUAAUGCUGGAUGCUCACUACAGAACUAUCAGAGGUUUCCAGGUGCUGCUGGAGAAAGAGUGGCUCAGCUUUGGUCACCGCUUCCAACUGAGGAUUGGCCAUGGAGACAAGAACCACACCGACGCUGAUCGCUCUCCAGUCUUCCUGCAGUUCAUCGACUGCGUUUGGCAGAUGACUCGGCAGUUUCCUGCUGCAUUUGAAUUUAAUGAGUACUUCCUCAUCACCAUCCUGGACCAUCUAUACAGCUGCUUGUUUGGGACAUUUAUGUGUAAUAGUGAACAGCAGCGACUCAAAGAGGAAUUACCAAAGAAGACUGUAUCACUGUGGUCUUUAAUUAAUAGCCAGCUUGAAGAGUUUUGUAACCCUUUGUAUGUGAACUACUCCUCCCAUGUACUGUUUCCUGUGGUCAGCAUGCGCCAUCUAGAGCUUUGGGUGGGGUAUUACAUCCGCUGGAACCCUCGCAUGAGACCACAGGAGCCUUUGCACCAGCGAUACAAAGAGCUUCUAGCAAAGCGAGCCGAGCUCCAGAAGAGAGUGGAGGAGCUACAGCGUGAGGUGGCCAAUCGGGCCGCGGCGUCGUCCUCAGAGAGGGCUGGUUCUCCCACGCGCUCCAUCACACCUGUGCAGACAUUCGUGUGAAUGGACAGGUGCUUUAGGAGAGGGAGAGAGCGCAAGAGGGUUGAUCCACUGGCCCCUGGGUCCCAGGUAUAACUGCUUCUUCAACAGCAGCACUGUGGGUCAGGGGGCAACGGCCGACUAAAUGCCAUAGGCUGCCUUUCUCAUCCCUCCAAAUCUUGCUGUUAUUACAGCAACAGACUUCAAAACUUGAGAAAUCCUAGCAUUGAGGUAAAUUUAAAUUAACUAGUGAGUAGAGGCAACUUGGUCCGUUUAUAGAUACAGUCUACUAAUGGAACUAGGAGUGAAUUAUAUUUACGUUAAAGUACUAAUGCACUUGAACAGUUUAAUUUUAUGUUAAUAGAGUCUAUGGUUGUGUAGGUAUUAGAGAUAUUUCUCUCCGCCAUUGUUAACAUUGUUUUACUGGCAGGAAAAUUGGUCAGCUUUACUUGGUUUAUCAGCUUUAAUGAUAAUGUACAAGGAAAAUGGAUAUGUGUGUGCGUCUGUGUAAAUAGAGUGAGAUAGAGUGUGCUUUAGAAUGAUUCUUCUCUUGUGAGACCUAUAGCCAAUAGAAGCCGUAACUUUAAGCAUUAAACCAGUAAUACAUUCCUAGUAACCAACCAUUAUCUUCAUGAGACAUUUUACCUAGGUAACCCUGUCCAUGUUUUGCUGCUCUAACCCUUGAUCCGUACUUCUAUAUCCCUGAGCUUAACAUUAAGGGCAGAUGUUUAAUGCUGGAAUUAAGAAUCUCCUAAACAAAAUGAGUGACUGUUACAGUAGCAUAUACAGGCUAUGAGAAUUUUCGUUUUUCUCUGUCAGUGCUUGCCUCUACUUUACGAAAGAAUAUCAGGAAGGACAUUAUCCUUAUAUGUCAUGUCUGUACUUAAAUUUGCUUUUUCAAGUGCAUCUUAUUAACUAAACAAAUGCUGCAUUUUUUCUAUGCGAUAAAUAUCUGGUGUUGACAUGUGGGCUUACUGUGCAUACUGUAGCAUUCCGUAUACUGAAUAAAUCAAUCCCACCAUGAAAUACACAGAUGCAUAACACUCCAUUGGAAAUCAAAUAUAUGCAUAUAACACACAGUUUGUUAACUACUUUUUACCAAAAGUUGUAGGAGUCGACACCAGACCAUCCUAACACUAACAAAUACAUCCUAUAGCCAGCUAAGGUCAUGGCCCCGUUCUUCUGGAUAGAAAAUGUUGGUUAUCAGCCAGAUCUUCCAGCCCUGAAAAUAAAAACCUAUUCUCCAGUGUCUUAGUGACUCCAAAUGUAGUCAGUAUGAUCCUUGGUGUUUGUACGGUUGUGUAUCUAAUAUCUAUAGAAGUUAAUACAAUGAUGUAAAAACUGCUCCGGCCAUCAGCUGCCAUUACUUAUUUUUGUUUACCGCAAAGCCAUAUGAAAUAAAGUUUUGUAAUGGAA